CAGAUAAGCUUCUCAUAUUAAAUCCCAUUAUUUCCACUCAGCCGUUUCUCUCACCUUAUUCCAUCCCUAACCUAGAUCUGUUUCAUCUUCAUUCGUAUCUCUCUCAUCCGACGCGAAGUAUUGGAGAAAUUCGUGCAUAAAUUACUUUAUCUGAUCCUCUUCCUUCUCCUUCUGCCUCGACUACUCUCGCCAUUAUCGCACAACUUCACUUUCUCUCUCCUCUUCAUCAUCGCAACUUCAUCAAGCCUGAACAUGUUCGUUCUGGAAUCCGCGCUUUGUUGAAGCAAUUGGAAAAUGAGUUUGAUGAUUGUUCGAAUUAUAAGAACGCGAAGGAAGAUAAGAUUUGAAAGAAGCUCCAAAAUAUGGAAUUGGUUGAAGUGUGCAAGUGCAACACAAAAAUGGCGGCAAACUCCGAGAAUACAGGGUCUGAAACGUUUCGGUUGUUUCAAUCAACAGAUGAGGGAAAAAACGCCCCCAAUUUCGGAGGAUUAGGGUUUUUCGAUUCCCUAGAAACUCCUCUUCCUCCUCCACCCCCUUGUGAAGAAAUCUUACCUUCUGAGGUUUCUACUUCAGUAAAGUAUGCUGUGGAGCAGGUUGAUUUGGGGGAUGUUACUUUGCUCAAGGGUCGAGUGAGUACACGGGAGGUUUUUGCAUUGUCAAACUCUGAUUUAGUUCCUGGAAAAUAUGAAGGAGGCCUGAAACUCUGGGAGGGCUCGCUUGAUUUGGUGAAAGCUCUUCAUUCAGAGAUACAAAAAGGGGAUUUAUCAUUUGAAGGGAAGAAAGUCUUAGAGCUUGGAUGUGGCCACGGGCUUCCUGGGAUCUUUGCCUGCCUUAAGGGUGCAGGUUCCGUCCAUUUUCAAGAUUUCAACGCAGAGGUCUUAAAAUGCCUUACUCUUCCUAAUGUGAACGCUAAUCUACCCUCAGGAACUAGUGUUUCUGACAAUUGUAAAAUUCGUUACUUUGCUGGUGAUUGGGGAGAAGUGGAUCGUAUUCUUCCCCAUGCUCGCACAGACAGUAAGGAUGCUGCAUCAUCUAAUGACAAUGCAACAGCCGGAUACGAUCUGAUUUUGAUGGCAGAGACUGUUUAUUCCAUCACCACUUUACCAAAUCUUUACAGCCUUAUUAAGAAACCGUCCUCAUGGUAUUAUCUACUUGGCUGCAAAGAAACAUUAUUUUGGAGUAGGUGGAGGAUCAAGGCGAUUCCUAUCUAUUGUUGAGAAAGACGGCAUAUUGACAACCAGUCUAAUUGCUGAAGUAGUUGAUGGCUCAUCAAAUGUCAGAGAGGUUUGGAAAUUGUCGUGCAAGUGAGCAUGACAUUCGAAGGUUUUGGUAUAAUGACAUAGCUUACUCUCAAAAUACUGGGACCGACUAUUCGCGAAAUGUUGAAAAUAGAGCACUGAGCAGAAAUCAUCCAUAGGGCAGUUUUUUCUGGUUUUUUGCUGCUAAUACAAUCUCGAAACGUGCUAAUGAUUCUGAUUAAUAUUUUCUGAAAUGUAUACCUCGUGCUACAUUUGAUUUAUUUGAGGGCAUAAUUGGCUCCCUCCAUGUUGGUUUAAUGCAAUGUUUAAGGUACUAUUUGAAUUGAA